AGAAAAAUUCGUUCAAAGAAAAUGUCGCAAGGUAGGAAGACCCGAAGGCUGACCAACUUGAAAAUUAGCAUUUUUGCAAGGGGAAACUUGGGCCGGACCGAGUGAAAUCUUGAAUCGUUUGAAAUUUGAAAAUUUUUAAAUAUCGCUUGUUUCAAAAUCGAAUUUUAUAUCUUCGUAUUUUAUAUCUCGAAUCGAAACUCGAAAUCGAUUGAUUUAAAAGUAAAAUUGAUUUUUCUUUAAAACUUGCCCAAUAGCCAAGUUUUAAAGAAAUUUCACCAUGCAUUAUCGAAAUUUUUCUUUCUUUCAAAAUUUCCAUAUAAUCCUCUUUCGAGAGGAGAGCCAAGUUUCCAGACAUGGCUGGCUAUUGUUGUUCGGCCUUCGAUCGACAGGAGGGAGGGAGGAAAGUGCAAAAGAAGAAGAAAAAAAAAAAAACGAAAAAAGAGCGUCCGGAAUUUUUUAAACGCGACCACGUCGCGAUUUUACUAGCGAUUUUUACAUCGUUUUUUACACGAUUCUCGCCGGCCUAAAGGAGCCGUCCUUCCCGCGAACGGCUGCUCCUGCAUUUGCCGCUUUCUCGUGGCGCAGAUCGCGGAGAUCGAUCUCGAUCCUGUUCGAUUUAAAAAAAAAAUUAUUACCCCCUAAAUCGAUCCGAAUCGAGGAGAAGAAAAUUUCUAUCGAAUCGAAAUAAGGAUUUCUUUUUAACGCAACCACGUUUUGAAACAUUUCUUUGGGGAAAAAGAGGCUGCUUCUAAAAAAAAUUCCGAUCGAUCUUCGGUUCUGCGCCGGGCGAAGAUCCCAGAUUCACCCUUCACCGCGAUCAUCGCCACCGAUCACUCGGAAGAAGACUGAUAGCGCAGUAAACAAACGAAAAAAAAAACUCGAGUGACUCCAUCAAGACCGCUCCAUCAACAAUCUCAAGAACCUCGAAAAGGAAGGAAGGAAGGAAGAGAGAGAGAGAGAGAGAGAGAGAGAGAGAGAGAGAGAGAGAGAGAGAGAGAAAGAGAAGGAACGAGGAGGGAAAUUCCACGCGCACCCAUACGCGAUCGACUGGCGAGACUCGUCGUUGGUUUCACCUCGUACGAGCAGCAAAACGGAAGGAAAUUUUCCAAUCUUUCAAAUCACCGAGGGAGAAGGAGAAGAAAAAGAAGAAGAAGAAGAAGGAAGAGGAGAAGAAAAUGGACGAGACACGAAAGGGAAAAAAAGAGGGGAGAUAGACAAGAGAGAGAAAGAAGUUUUCACGUAUCUCAUGUAUCACGUUACAUAACACUACGCAUACAUAUACACGUAUAAUACACAUACACAUAUGCAUACGUGCAACGCGUAACAGCAAGAAAGAGUGGGAGAGAAAGAGGAGAAGAGCGUAAGUGAGCGAGAGAGAGAGAGAGAGAGAGAGCACGUGCAUAGAGGAAUAAUAGAAAAAGGAUAAAAAAAAAGAAAAUAAUAAAAUAAAAGUAAAAAAAAGACUACUAGGCUACACUACAGUGCUGCAUACGUAUUUAAAUUAAAGGAUAAUGCAUUUAAAUAAGCAUGGAUGUGCAUUCUAGAUGUAUUAGAGGAGUUUCACCACACCACAUUUAGUAUUAAUUAUUAUUAAAAAGUUGUAGUCCGACGUGAGGGAGGGGGUGGGGGAGAGCCUUUGGAUACUCUUAAUUCCUCCCUUCCUUCCUUUCUUUUUCUUUUCUCCAAAGAAAAAAAAAUCGUAUAAUAUUUUUUUUCAAUUUCUUUUUAUUAUCUCGUUCGAUAUUUUUCGAAAAAAAAAAAGAAGUCGUUGAAAUAUUUUUUUCGACGAGUAAUUUUCCUUCCUCGAAGGCUUCUCCGCCCGCACGCCCGAACCCCCUCCCUUGAGAGAAACCGCGGUGGGGAUUUUCAUCGUUCACGAUCAUUGUAUCACCUUCAUCGCCGUUUUUUAUUUAUCUCGUACGUGUUUUACGCAAUUUAUCGACGACAAACAAUUACUAAAUGAAGUAGAUAUAUAUAUAUAUAAAAUAUAUAUAUAUAUAUUAUAUAUAUAAUAUAUAUAUAUAUAUACAUACAUAUAAUAUAUAUAUAUAUAUACAUAUAUAUAUAUAAUUUGUUAAGACGGAGGGGGAAGACGAAGAGCAAACAUAUUGUCAUUAUUUUAUCGACGUCGUAUUAUUUAUAUCGGAGGAGUACCACAGUAUAUACAAUAAUUAAUAAAAAAAAAAGGAUCGACUAGUGUAUUUCGAACCCGACUGACAACAAUUAAAGAAUUUAAUUGCGCUGAAACCAAACUGCCCUACAUAUUUUACUAUCCCUCAAACACACACAUAUAUAUAUAUAUAUACACAUAUGUGUAUACAAAAAAGGAUAUUCCAUCGUCGAAACACGGAAAAAGAGAGGAUGAAGAAUAUGUUUCUCUUACAUAUUUUCUUGUUUAAAAUCAGAUUUUGUUUUAAAAAUAAAAAGGUACAAUUCUUUUUUUCAUCCGUCCGUUCUUUCGAAUUACGGUUAAGCGAAUUAACCGUAACUCGACUCUCGAAACGGUUAGCGCGGGAGGAGAGGGGGAAGGGAAGUCGAGCUGACGUCGACUGGAAGCGCGUGGGAUAAUCGUUAAACGAAGAACGCAGAUUGUCAAUCGCCCUUCCCUCUCUCCUCUGCCAAUUACGUUUUCCAUUUCCAUCAUUUUUUUUUUUUCUCUUUUUCUAUUUCUUCACCUCGAAACUUCUUCGAAACUCGAACCUUGGAAAGAAUCGUUAGACAAUUGGAGAAUAUUUUUUUUUUAGAAAAUGUGCAUUUCUCUGGAAAAAUUGAUCGAACCUGGGCGAGCGAUAAAAGUGGAUUGGGGCUCGAUGAUUGUAUUUUAACAAGGAAAUUCUCACGGCUCGGUGACCACGAGCCACCUGCUCCACCAGCGAUAAGGAACGCGCGCGCGCGCACGGAGGUUGUCCUUUCUCCUCCUUCCUUUUUUUUCAGUGUAUUCAAUCACACUCCGCAAAAUAGGGAGAAUAUCCAUUUUCCAGCUUAUCAAUUUUUCUUCCACCUAUUAAAUGAUUUUCAUCGAUCCUUUCUCUCCCCACGCUCUUCCUCUUCUCUCCCACUCGUCGUAUCCGAAGAAAUUAUACCUCUCCAGCGCAGUUUCGAUCCCGUUCUCGAUCGAUCCCCUUGGAUUCUCGUUCGUUUCACACCCCCGCUCGCAUCGUCCCAUCGCGUGGCGCGCAACCGUGUCCUUUUUUCCCCCCUUUGCGUGCGCGGAACCCGGUGCGAAAGGAGCAACCCGAUCGGAGCACAGUUGCGCUCCGACUUCGAUCAGGACCGCUCUCCGCUCUCCCCCUUUUGGAAAAUUUCGUCCCCCGGGAGAAAAGGAAGAAAAUAAUAAGUAAUAAGUUCGGUGGAAGUGGAUAAAAGCGGUCGAUUGUUUCCAACGACGGAUUCCAGAGAGAGAGAGAGAGAGAGAGAGGGAUUUGGAGAAGAGGGAAGGAGGGAGGGAGAGGGUGUUCGGCAUGACGAUGGACGACGCGUCUCGAGAAAGAUCACGGGAUCUCGAGCACGCGAGGAAGGAGCUUGCCUCCGUGAUCGAGAGGAUCGAGGGAACGAGCGGCCUGGCCGACCGCCCCGUCAAAUAUUUUCGGGCGCGGCGGCUGCUCGCGCGCUCCACGAAACGCGCUCGGUCGAGCCGCCUCCUCCUCCCCCCACUCCUCCCAACGACGGGCGGCAGACACCUGUGGAUCCUCGCUUCGAUCCUCGCUUCGAUCCUCGCACGAUCGGCGUGGAAUUACGGGCAAGCCGCGCGUCAACACAAGUGUUUGGCCGAGCUGCCCCCUUUCACGCAGAAAAUAUUUCGGCCGGCCGAGGAUUGCUCGAUCUGCACAGGCGUUGAACAGGUGGACAGGAUAUUCGACGUGGAUCCAUCCAUUUUCGAGGAACGAUACGCUUAUUCGGGGCGGCCUGUAGUGGUCGUGGACGCGGCUAUUAACUGGACCGCGACGGAGGUAUUCUCGUUUCCGUUCUUCAAGUCGUUGUACGAGGGCGUGGACGGGAAUUGCCAAUUUUUCCCGUACAGAACCGAGUUCAAGAGUCUGAGGGAGGUGUUCGAGAUGAGCGCCGGCCGAUCCCUGUUGGAGAAGGGGACGGAGCCUUGGUACGUUGGCUGGAGCAAUUGCGACGAGGAAAUCGGCAGUUUGCUCAGGCAACAUUACCAGAGGCCCUAUUUUCUUCCAGCCACGGCGGAGACGGAGAAGACCGAUUGGAUUUUUAUGGGGAGCCACGGAUAUGGGGCCCCUAUGCACGUCGACGACGUGGAACACCCCUCGUGGCAGGCGCAGAUCAAGGGCGAGAAAUUGUGGAUCCUCGACCCUCCCAGGGAGUGUCAUUAUGCUUGCAAGAGAUUGGAAGUGGUUGUGCAUCCCGGUGAAAUAAUUGUCCUCGACACGAACCGCUGGUACCAUCAGACGGUAAUCGUGUCCGAAGAGAUGAGCAUCACCAUCGGUGCGGAGUACGAUUGAAACAGCGAGACGAUCGUGCCACGCGUCUCCUCCAAACGUAUCAAUAAAUAAAGAUAUUUUCCCUUCA